CGAAACGUCAUACAGACGAGCUAUAUGUUCGACCAGCUUUAAAAGUAAUUCUAGACACUAAUCUCUAUACAGCACCGUUAUCACAUAUUCAACCUAUAUUCUACAGCACAGUACUCCGAAACAAGCAGAACAAGCAAACAGCAAAAUGCCACUUCCCCGAAGCCGCAUCACAUCCCUCACCCACCUCUCUCACCUAUGCCCAACCACCACAACCACCCUCACAACCACACCUCGAUCGCAAACGCAAGCAACCCGCCCAAUUUCCAUAAGCGGUGCCUACAACAAACUCUUCAAAAAAUGGCGCGGCAUGCCCCCCCAGGAACACGCCGUCGACCGCACAAAGCACAACGCCGACACCACAGACCCCGAGACCAAAGCCUCUGGUCUCGGAAUGGAAGAGCGAGAUCGCAAGGAGGGCAUUGCAGAUCGGUCGCAGAGCCAGGCGACUACUGAGCGUGGGGGUUCGGGGUAUGGGAGGAAGGCGAAGGAGGAGCAUCCGAAGGCGCCGGAGCCGGUUAUUGGCAUGAAUGAUGAGAGGGCUCAGGUAUGAUUUCUUUUGUUUCUUUUUGGGAGGGUCUGGGGGUGGGCGGUAUGCUGACA